AUGUUGAGUGUGACAGACAGCUAUGGACAGACGGACAUGGUCAGGCAAAACUGUGAAAGAGAAAGACCUGACAUUGCCAGUACAGAGGGUCACCAAAGGCCUGUGCUGAGCCGGAUCCCUCCAGAGGGAGAUGCAUUCGAAGGAGACACAGUUACUCUGGUGUGUCAGGUCGAAGGGAAUCCAGAGGAAUGGGAAUAUCUCUGGUAUAAAGACAGAAUUCUUGAUCGCAAGACUGAGACACCCCCUAUAAAUACAAGUUACAUAAUAUCUCCUGCUUCCCUGUCUGAUAAUGGGGAGUACCGAUGCCUUGCUAGAAGAAAGGAUGAUCGGACUACACACUAUUACAGCACCUCUAUUGGGUUACAAGUAUCUGAGCUGUUUACUAGGCCUUCUAUGACAGCUCCUCUUUGGAACCCAGUCUGGGAGCGCGAGUCCUUCACUCUUCAGUGUCAGGUUCAGUUAAAUAACAGAAGGAAAGUGACAGACAUCCGAUACCUGUUUAUCAAAGACGGGAAGGAGCUGGAGUCCGCUGGACCACCGGGGAACUACACAACCCCAGCAGCAAGGGCUGAGGAUGCUGGGAGAUACGAGUGUCAGCUGGAGGCAGGAGGGGUUAGGAAAGCAAGUGAUUCAGUGCAGGUUAAUGUGAGAGCGGGUGUGCCGAGGACUACCCUGACCGCGGAGCCCCCGUGGGGAGAGAUGUUUGUGGGAGAGAGAGUGUCUCUUACCUGCCUGGUGGAGGGGGAUUCUGCAGGCUGGAAGUAUUUUUGGUACAAAGACAGCCAGACCACUCACUUGCCCCAGCCUGAGAACAGCAGUGACACUGGAGCCAGAUACACGAUCAGUGCUGCUGCUGUGUCCCACAGUGGAGAGUACUGGUGCCGAGCUGCAAGGGGGGCUGCCUACUUUCAUUCAGAUUAUAGUAAAGCUGCCAGGCUGAAAGUCUCUGAUGCAAGUGUGAUUCUGCAGACUCCUCCACAGCCACUAACUGAAGGAGACAAGUUGACUCUGCUGUGUCGUGCUCGGGACACUAAGGUUGAUCCUAAACACAUCACGUUUGAGUAUUAUAAGAACAGUGAGACUCUGGAGUUCCAGCCCAGCACAGGAGUGACCAUCCCAGCUGUGAUGAAGAAAGAUGCAGGUUUAUACAAGUGCUUCGCUUACUCCAAGGGUCGUGUGCUGGGUGAAUCUGAGGUGGAGGUGUCUGUCAGAAAUUUCUUCGCCAGGGUAACACUGACAGCCUCUCCAGGCCCUGCAGUGAUGGAGGGAGAGCCAGUUAACCUGACCUGUGAGGUGGAGAGAAACACGUACCUCAGCCCUCCAGUCAACUACACAUUUCUCAGAGACGGUGCGCCCCUAGCGGCGAGUAGCGGCACUGCACAGUAUUUCAUAACAGCGAUGAAUAAAACACACACGGGGAGAUACAGCUGCACUGUGGAGACAUGGCCAGGAAUCAGGAAGCAGAGUGCUGCUGUGAAAAUCGAACUUGCAAACCCUUGGUGGCGGUCGAUUGCAAUUGAAGUCGCGAGAUGGACUCCUUUCUUGAUCCUCCUCGCUGCGCUGGCGCUGUUCAAAUGCAGAAAUCACAGGAAUGCAGAAGAGACUCACAGGACAAACACACUGUAGCCCUGUGCAGAUGAACUGAUGUCACCCAGCUCUACCUAAAACUAGACCCUGGAUGUCCCUAUGCCAUGGUCCGGCUCUCAGCUUCCAUCCAAGACACCGAGGCCUGGAUUUCUGCUGAUUUUCUUCAGCUCAACAUUAACAAAUCUGAACUUCUUCUAGUAGGAUUGAAAGCUCAACUCAAGAAUCUCAAUUUUGCUUCCUUGAACCUUGGAAACUGUCUGCUGCUGCCUUCCCCCACUGUACGAAGCCUUGGUGUACUUCUGGAUAGUAACCUCUCCUUAGAUGCCCAAAUCUCCUCUCUGUAGUCAAAUCCUCUGAAACAUCUCAAAUGUCCAUCCCUACCUUUCCCUCCCGGAUACAGAGAUAUUCUGUCAUGCAUUCAUCUCCUCUCGACUCGACUACUGCAACUCUCUCUACGGUGGUCUUCCGUCACGCGCCAUAAACCGAUUGCAACUGGUUCAAAAUGCCGCUGCUAGGAUCCUUACCAGAUGUAAAAAAACAUGAUCACAUUACCUCCUGUCUUUCCCAGCUGCACUGGCUAUCUGUAAAGUUCAGAAUUACUUUCAAAAUUCUCCUGCUUGCCUAUAAGGCCUUUCAUCUUAUUUGUAUGAUUCUGUAUGACACAUGCAUCCACAAUGUUUAGAAUUCACAUCUUAGCCUUUUAUUUAAUGUAUUAUGCCUGUAUUUAAUGUAUUUGCAUUGUUUUUUACUGUUUGUAUUUAAUGUACUAUGCCCUGUAUUUCACUGUAUUUAAUGUAUUAUGCAUUGUUCCUCUCUAUCUUGUAAAGCGCUUUGUGAUGGUGGUCCACUAUGAUAGGUGUUAUAUAAAAUAAAUAUUGAUUGAUUGAUUGAUUGAUUGAUAGUAGUUAUUUAGUAAAUACACGUGUACUUACAUAUAAUUACAAUUUUAGUAUGCAUAGUUACAAUUUAUCAUGCAAUACAAAUCUUUUUGCAUGAUAAAUUGUAUCAGAAAAGGGUUAUGGUUAGGGUUAGGGUUAGAGUUAGGUUUUUAUCAUGCAACAAAAUGUACACAUCAAGUACAAUGUAACUAUGUAUAAUAACAUUGUAAUUAUCUGCAAGUACACAUGUAUUUACUAAGUAACUACUAUGUAAAUGCACAGUAAUUAGACACUUGAUGUAAAGUGUUAACAAUGAAACCUGCUGAAUAAUGUUACGUUAACAUAUUGAAUUACAUACCGCUUUGUAGUUUUCCAUAUUUUCCAUAUUGACAAAAAUUGUAAAAUGUGACAUUUCGAAAUCUAACAUGAAAUACUGUACUACUAUUAGACUCUGGUAGAUUUAUCUGGUAGUUUCUUUGAUUAU